UCUAACAGCUUUGACAGGCCAUCUGCAGGUGUGUUAGCAUAAAUGACUAAAACCAAAAAAAGAAAACAUAAAAAUAUCUCAAUACAUACUUUAUGUGAAAGUGUUUACCUCCUCCUCCUUACAUGUGGAAUCCUCAGGUAUUAUUAUUAUUAGUCAAAACAAAGACUCAAUGCAAAUAUAUUUGGAAGAGAACUCACUAUUGGUGUUUUAUUUUGCUCUUUAGUCUUUUUAGCAUAUGAUGUCACCAUAUGGAACACCCUGCAGUUUACUUACCCUCAUGGAGGAGGGGUUUACGCUCAUGCCGGAAUCCCCAUGGGAUCACAACCUCAAGUUCAAAAGGGUCCACCUCUAACAACUCCGGAUGACGCCUUUGAACAUGGACACUCCUACUAAAUCUACAGGGAGCACAGAGAAUGGACUGAUGAAGAAGCUGAAAGAAUUUGAUGAGCUCGCAAUGUCUCUGGGAAAUGGUGAUCCUCCUGAAAAUGAACGUAAAACGCUCACGGAACAGCUCAGAAACAGAUGGUUCAACUGAUGGAAGUGAUGGGAAUACAACUGGGGUGAUAAUGUCUCUUGUAGUUGUAGUCCCCUUUUGUUUUCAUUUGCAUUGUGAAAAACCAAAACCUCAAAUGGGUCCUAGGCUUCAGAACGAGAGAGAACUGAAACGGGAGCGAAGGAAACAGUCGAAUAGAGAAUCUGCUAGAAGAUCAAGAUUAAGAAAACAGGCUGAGACUGAAGAACUCGGUAGGAAAGUUGAAGCCUUGACGGCAGAGAACAUGGUGUUAAGAUCUGAACUAAACCAACGUAAUGAGAAAUCUGAUAAACUACGAGGAGCAAAUGCAACCUUGCUGAAUAAACUGAAAAGUUCGGAACCAGAGAAGAGUGUGUCCGGUAAUAAGAACUCAGGAACUGGAGACAAUGAGUCUAACUCUACUAGCAAACUGCAUCAACUGCUUGAUACAAAGCCUCGAGCCGAUGCUGUAGCAGUAGCAGCAGGCUGACGAAUGUUCUAUCAUUAACACUUUUUUAGGAUCGGUUUCUACUUAAUUUGUCAACAUUAACAAAGAAAACAAGUGUUGCUAAUUUCCAGAAAACUUGGUAGGUAGUAUAGAAGAGAGGGAGAUUUGAUCUCUUUUAGUUUUCUGUGAGUGAGGGAGAAACUUUAGUGUAUUUUUGCACAAAAUUUUAGUAAUGCCUCUGUUUAUCUGCUUCAC